AUGGAUAAUUGUGUGGCCUGGAAAGAGGAGAAAGUCUAUUUAGAUCUCGAUUUGGAUUAUUUGGAACGACGAGUCGGCGAUACGAUAGGGGAUGAUAAUGUUGACAGUGGCUCUAAAGAGGAAGAUAGCCCCGCAGACAGUCUUGAUCGUGUUAAAGUUAUUUUUUUAGGAGCUCCUGGUGUUGGAAAAUCCAGUAUUAUACGUCAAUUUGUUUGGAAUGAAUUUUUUGAAGAUUAUCGUCCAACAGAACGACGAGAAACAUUUUAUCCUAGCGUAGUCCACGCAGAUCGACUCUAUGAGCUUAAAAUAACGGAUUUACCAACAAUUCCGUACUUUCCAGUCAGUACACAUUUAGAGUGGACGGAUUUUAGGUAUUAUGGACUUAGGAGUGCUACGGCUUAUGUUCUUGUAUUUGAUUUAAGUAAUCAAGACACUUUUCAGUAUAUCCGGACGCUGCGGGAACAAAUGUAUGAAGCAAGGGAUAUGAGAGGUGUACCGUUGCUUGUCGUUGGUAAUAAACAAGACAAAUUGUCGGCGGUAGUUGCUUCCGGGGCUCGAUAUCGUGACAUUGUUAAUCUUGUAAGAAAACACUGGAGAUGUGGAUACGUUGAAUGUAGCGCAAGAUUUAAUUGCCGUGUUGUACAGGUAUUUCGUGAGUUAAUGAAAAGUAUUCAAGCUGCUGAGGGUACAACGCCCUCACCAACCCCAACGGCAUCUCAACACCAACAGCAACAACUUCGUUCAGCGCACACAUCUCGGGAUACAAGUGACAAAUGCUUCAUCAUUUGA